AUGUCAAAUUCAAUUGAAGCUUUGGCAAUGGCUGGCGUAGAUUACAAUGAGUGGGGUAUGGAUUUCGAGGAAUGGGAACGUAUGGAGAUGGGUCCACCACCACCCCAUUUGUUCUCUGAAGAUUAUGAAGAAGAUGAAAGAGUUGAAGGAGGCGUUAUGAUGCCAACGAGCACCGUAGAUGUGUUGUGUGGAAAUACAGCAGUGGAAAACCAGUUGGAAGAUGUUUUUGAUGAUCAUGAUAUGAGUAAAGUUGGUGAUGAUGAAUUUCGAAUACUUUUACCAAAAUAUUAUAACAAAAUUGUGAAGUGUGAUCAUGGCAUUAAGCGAUUCAAGAUUUUGGUGAUUGUGCUAAUGGUGAUUAGAUUUCUAAGGAGGCAAAUUCUUUCAACAUUGUAG